CUUAACUCCAACUACGAGUCUUUUCGGUCUUUAUCUUCGAAAGAAGCAAACCGUAAUGCUCCCCCAGUCCAUGGAAACAUGGCGGGAGACAUGAGUCCCAAUGACUGGGAUUGUUCGAUAUAUGGUCAAGGUACUAUCAGGUAACGUUCUGAUUGCAUGAACCGGUGUUCGUUCUCUUUCGUUGCUCCUUUGCGCCUGUCCCAUCUUUCGUUUUCCGCUCCUUUUGAGCCACGAAAUGGGCAGUCCAGCGUGUAGGGGGUUCACAACCCAAGAGUUCGUUCUGAGAUUAUACGGUCAUAAACUUGAUCUGGACAAUACCAGCGAAAGGAUCAUGCGCCCGCCCCUCUCUAUUCCCCUCUUGACACUCACUGACAUAUUGAAGUGUAACAACUUCGAUCAACGAACAAAAUGUCUCCCCCUUCUGCCAUGUUUGCUGAGCCCGCGCCCGUGAGCGCUCCUCUGCCCACCAAGGCCCCUCUCAAGGACCAGGUGAAGGUUGCUGGCAACUACUCCAGCACCUCGACUUUGGCCGAGGUUACCAGCGACUGGGAGAAGUUCACCUUCAACCCUAUCCGCGAGAGCCAGGUCUCCCGGGCUAUGACCAGCCGGUACUUCAAGGACCUCGACAACUAUGCCGAGAGUGACGUCGUCGUCAUUGGCGCUGGCUCGUGUGGUCUUAGCGCUACCUACAUGCUCGCCAAGGCUCGUCCUGACUUGAAGAUUGCCAUCAUCGAGGCUAACGUCUCUCCUGGUGGUGGUGCUUGGCUCGGUGGCCAGCUCUUCAGCGCCAUGGUCAUGCGCAAGCCUGCUGAUGCCUUUCUGCGUGAGAUUGGCGUCCCGUACGAGGACGAGGGCAACUUUGUCGUUGUCAAGCACGCCGCUCUCUUCACCUCUACUCUUCUGUCCAAGGUGCUUCAGUUCCCCAACGUCAAGCUCUUCAACGCUACUUCCGUUGAGGACCUGAUCACCCGCAAGGAUGCCCAGGGUAACAUCCGCAUUGCCGGUGUUGUUACCAACUGGACUCUGGUCACCAUGCACCACGACGACCAGUCUUGCAUGGACCCUAACACCAUCAACGCUCCUAUCAUCAUCUCUACCACUGGCCACGACGGUCCUUUUGGUGCUUUCUCCGUCAAGCGUCUCGUCAGCAUGCAGCAGCUCGAGAAGCUCGGUGGAAUGCGCGGCCUCGACAUGAACGUCGCUGAGGACGCCAUCACCAAGGGCACCCGUGAGAUUGUUCCCGGCAUGGUUGUCGGUGGUAUGGAGCUGUCCGAAGUCGACGGUGCUAACCGCAUGGGACCUACGUUUGCUGCGAUGGCCCUUUCAGGUUGCAAGGCCGCUGAGGAGGUUCUCCGUGUCUUCGACGAGCGCAAGGCUCAGAACGACGAGUAAAUUUUGCCAAUUGGAAGGUUGAUUUCUGUCCCGCCAAGUUAGCGAGCGGAAUAUGAGUCGAUGAGAUGUUAUGAUUUAAAUUUCUGAGAUUAGAUAAGAAAGGACUAUAAUUUCCUCUGGAAACCCCGGGGAAAUAGUCUUCUAUACCUACCUUACCUUCCUUUAUAUACCGUCCGUCGUUUAUAUUGACUGGAUUAGCAAUAUACUCGCGUUUUUCAUACUUGAC